AUGGAGCACCCCCAGCCCGACAGGAUGCCCCAGGAUUUGUCAGAGGUCCUGAAGGAGGCCACCAAGGAGGUGCACACCCAGGCAGAGAACGCUGAGUUCAUGAGGAACUUUCAGAAGGGCCAGGUGACUCCAGAGGGCUUUAAGCUGGUGAUGGCUUCCCUGUACCACAUCUAUGUGGCCCUGGAGGAGGAGAUCGAGCACAACAAGGAGAAUCCAGUCUACAGCCCCCUCUACUUCCCAGAAGAGCUGCACCGCAGGGCCGCCCUGGAGCAGGACAUGGCCUUCUGGUACGGGCCCCACUGGCAGAAGACCAUCCCCUACACACCGGCCACUCAGCGCUACGUGAAGCAACUGCACGAGGUGGGACGCACAGAGCCCGAGCUGCUGGUGGCCCACGCCUACACCCGCUACCUGGGCGACCUGUCCGGGGGCCAAGUCCUCAAGAAGAUUGCACAGAAGGCCCUGGACCUGCCCAGCUCGGGUGAAGGCCUGGCCUUUUUCACCUUCCCCAACAUCGCCAGUGCUGCCAAGUUCAAGCAGCUCUACCGCUCCCGCAUGAACUCUCUGGAGAUGACCCCCAAGGUCAGACAGAGGGUCAUCGAAGAAGCCAAGACUGCAUUCCUGCUCAACAUUCAGCUGUUUGAGGAGUUGCAGGAGCUGCUGACCCAGGCGCGGGCGCAGCGGGACUGCAGCAGGGUGCAAGACUCCACCCCCAGGGAGACUCCCAGAGAAAAGCCCCAGCUCAACGUCCUCUCCCAGGCUCCGCUUGUCCGAUGGGUCCUUACACUCAGCUUUCUGGUGGCAACAGUUGCCGUGGUACUUUAUGCCAUAUGAAUGCAAGCGUGCCGGCUCCCUGGGGCCACGAACUCUGUCCAAAGGAGGGCCCUCUUUCUGGAGAGGGAAAAUCUCUUGGUUGGCUUCCUUACCUUGCGCAUGGGACAGUUUCAGGGACCCCAGCCCUCUCCCUGUAUCCCUCUGGAGGAAGGAGCCUGUGGCAUCUUCCCCAACCAAAAGCACAUCCGGCCAAUGUCCUGAACUUGCCAAGUGGGAAGAGGGGCCCAGCUCUGCCUCUCAGCAUCCCCAGCUCCUGCACAGAGCCCAGAAGCCAUGGCCAGAAGUAGCAGCUGUCCUAGACCUCCAAACGCUCUGAUUUCAUUGUAUCCUUGUUGGCACGGCCAUGACCGCUUUCCCUGUGGGCCGUGGCAACUUUCAUACAAACGUGCAGAUGUUGUGUCUUGUGUUUCUGUCUUGUUUUUGUUGGAGCCACUCUUUAUUCCUGGCUCAGCCUGAACUGUGGUAUUUUGUUGUGUUCUGUUGUUUUUAUAGCAGGGUUGGGGUGGCUUUGGGGGAGUGGGUGGGUGGGGAGGGAGGUGUUUUAUUUUAACACCACUGUGGCCUUGGUCUCUUAACUUUUGUGUGAAAUAAUAAACGUUAUCUGAUAGUAA